UGGUGGUUCGGGCAACGAGAAUUCAGGCGAGUGUUGUGAAUGCCGUGUUUAUGCAUUUGAAGUUUGUGUUUAAAGGCCGCUAACACAAGUAUGAUCAGAAAAAUGGCUUUGACGGUUUCAACCCAACAUAUACUUUUCGUUUUGCAAGACUUCUACUUCCAAAUUAUAUGAAAAAAUGCAACUAUUAUUUCCAUGUGCAGUGAUGGAAGACAGCAUUGGAAGCUGAACCCAUGGAAUGAUAUUUCUAUAUCCUCAUAAGCUGUUCCAUCACCAUUUAUAAAUGCAGAUUACCUGUUGUGCAUAAAUAUUGUAUCAUGUCAGUCUCUAGAGUAGGCUAUGAUUGUUUUGUAUACUUAACAGAUCUUUUUUAAUAAUCGUUUUUACUAGGUUGGGAUUCAAAGUGAUGACUUAUGACUUGAUAUGUAAUAUACAUAGCUGUAUUUAUUGCAUUUCUUAAAUCUUUUAUUAUAAAGUAUCCAUUCAUUGUGCAAAAUGUGGAAUAUGAUGUGUGAUGUGAUGCCUACCAUAUCGGAGGACAGUGUUUCGCAAAGGAGUGGACAAUUUUCGAGCGAUGAGUCCAACUUUGAGCAGCUCAUGGUUAAUAUGUUGGACGAGCGAGAUAAGCUCAUGGAAAAUUUAAGAGAGACUCAAGAAGGAAUGCAAGAAAUUCAGUCAAAAUUAGCAGAAGUUGAGAGAGAACGGGACAGUCUCCAAAGGCAGCUGCAAGCAAAUCUACCUCAGGAAUUUGCUACAUUAACAAAAGAAUUAAAUCAGGCCCGGGAACAAUUAUUAGAAAAAGAAGAAGAAAUACAAGAGCUCAAAGCUGAAAGAAAUAAUACUAGGUUGCUUUUGGAACAUUUGGAGUGCCUUGUGUCACGUCAUGAACGUUCCUUAAGGAUGACUGUGGUUAAAAGACAAGCACAGUCACCUGCUGGUGUUUCAUCAGAAGUUGAAGUUCUUAAAGCCCUAAAGUCCCUUUUUGAACAUCACAAAGCUUUAGAUGAAAAAGUCCGGGAGCGCUUACGAGUUGCUUUAGAUCGAGUAACUACCUUAGAAGAAGAACUCAGUAAGGCAAAUGAAGAGCUUAAUCAGUAUAAAACCAAAGGAGUAGCUUUAGAAUUAAAAGAAGAAAGGAAACCUGCUAAUGGGGAAGAAGCUUCUCAUAUUUCAAAGGUUUCCAAUGGAACAGCAGAGGCUGCUGCUGAAGCAGCCCAUGUUGUUGAGCUGCAAGAAACCAUUGAAAAAAUAAAUUCUGAAUUAAAUACAUCACGUAAUAAAAUUUCUGAACUUAGUGCCAAAAUUAGGGAGCAAGAAGAAGGUGUGUCUGCUGCUCAAAAAGAAAUUUCUAGGCUUCAGGAAGAAAAUUCUAGGCUAGCUAGAGACUUAAAAGAAAAUAAUGCCCAAAAAGAAGAUCAAGAAGAAAGGAUAUCGACUUUAGAAAAGCGGUAUUUGAAUGCACAGCGGGAAUCAACAUCCUUACAUGAUUUGAAUGAAAAAUUAGAGCAAGAACUAUCUAAUAAAGAAGCUCAAUUAAAACUGAGUGAAGAAAAAUGUAGGGCACUUCAAGAAAGGUUAGAAUUAACAGAACAAAAGUUAGCCCAAUUUUCUCGAAAAGCUGAAGCUGCAGCUGGUGAAGCAUUAGCUCAGGUCCAAGAUAGGCAUGGAAGUGUAGAAGAUCGAAUACAAAGGCUAGAGCAGCAGCUUGAAGAGAAAAACACAGAACUGAUAAGAUCUAGGCAACGGGAAAAAAUGAAUGAAGAGCAUAAUCAGAGGUUAUCCUCAACUGUUGACAAGUUACUAGCAGAAUCAAAUGAACGCCUUCAGUUGCAUUUAAAAGAACGAAUGCAUGCAUUGGAAGAAAAAAAUUCAUUAGCUCAAGAGCUUGAACGAACGAGAAAAGUUUUAGAAGAUACUCAGUCAGAAAAGGAUAAAAUAAUGAAUGAAUUAGCAAAGUUGAGAAAUGAAAUGGAAAGCUUAAGACAGGAUCACCAAGCAUUUAAAGCAGAAAGUUUAGCCAGGUUAAGUUCUAGUCGAACACUUCCACAAACUUCACCUUUACUUCCAACUCGUAGUGCAUUAUCUCCAGGAGCUGUUGUUACUAGCUCAAUAUCUCCCAGCCGAACUCCUGCUAUCGAUACAACAGAUGCUUUUCACAUGGUAUCUGGAUUAGAUUAUAUAUCUCCUAAUGCCUCUAUUAAUCGAAGGCUGCAAAGAGGAAGACAAGCAGCUCUCGAAGAUGAUGCAACAAAGGUCCAAACAUUAAAUGAGCAAGAAUGGGAGAAGAUGGAACAAGCUCAAGUUCUUGCAAGCGUCCAACAUGCUUUUGAAGCUAGUGAUACCGAGUGUAGCCAAAUAGAUGAUAAUGAAAGUAUAUUUGAAUCAAUGGAUAUGCUCUCUCCAUCUGCUCAUACAGAUGCCCAAACGCUUGCCCUUAUGCUACAAGAGCAGCUAGAUGCAAUAAAUAAUGAAAUUAGGCUAAUACAGGAAGAAAAACAUACCACAGAACAAAGAGCUGAAGAGCUGGAAUCAAGGGUUGGUAGCAUAGAAACAAUAAGCUUGCUGGCAAGAGGACGAUCAUUUGAAAGAAGUUCCCCACCACAAAGUGGAAGAUCAACUCCUAAGUCACACCAUAGUCCCCAAAGAGAUUACAUGCAGAAAUAUUCAACUAUUAGUGACAGUAAAGAAGAAAAUAGAAUACUAUUAAGAAGGGAUCCAAGUCCACCUACACCCCGCUCUGUGCGGUUGGAAAGAGUGGCCAGAGCAUUGGCUGAAAGUUCCGAAGAGUUAAGAAGAAGCGUCGGUUAUAGCAUUCCACAUUCUUCUGCUGCCAUGACAUCCAUCUCAUCUCCCAUGCCUGUUACUUCUCAAGACUUGUUUCUAGGUUAUCCUGAUUUGGUCCCCGAAAUGUCCCAUUCCCGGCUAUUGCUUGAUGGGGCCUCCCAUAGUUCCCCUUCCUCCUCUCAUAGUUCUACAUCUGAAGAUUCUUUGCAUAGGACUCCUCAGAAGAAAAAAGGUUUGAAGUCCUCCUUAGGAAGGCUAUUCAGUAAAAAAGAUAAGGUCAAAGUUAAAGAAGGUUAUGGUGUCACAUCUCCAGGUGUAACAUAUGUGGAUACUGAUGUCACUGUAACUGAUUCUGUUGGAAUAACUGGAGGAAUUGGUCAAAAAUCAGAUCAUGACAGGAGGACGAAGAAAAAGCAUGAGUUAUUAGCUGAGGCUAUGAAAGCUGGAACUCCAUUUGCUCUUUGGAAUGGGCCUACGAUUGUAGCUUGGCUGGAACUCUGGGUUGGAAUGCCUGCUUGGUAUGUUGCUGCAUGCCGUGCUAAUGUCAAGAGUGGUGCAAUAAUGUCUGCCUUAUCUGAUACAGAAAUACAAAGAGAAAUUGGAAUAAGUAAUCCAUUGCAUCGCUUAAAAUUACGGCUUGCUAUCCAAGAAAUGGUUGCUCUUACCAGUCCAUCUGCUCCAAAACCAUCUAGAACAAGUUUAGCAUUUGGAGAAAUGAAUCAUGAAUGGAUUGGAAAUGAGUGGUUGCCGAGCUUAGGUUUAGCCCAGUAUCGUUCCACUUUUAUGGAAUGCCUAGUCGAUGCCCGAAUGUUAGAUCAUUUAACAAAGAAAGAUCUACGUAUGCAUUUAAAAAUGGUUGAUGGUUUCCAUAGGACUAGUUUACAGUAUGGUAUUAAUUGCUUGAAAAGGCUAAACUAUAACAGAGAAGCUUUAGAAGAACGAAGGAAACUUAGUGAGCAUGAAAUCAAAGAUGUUUUAGUCUGGUCAAAUGACCGUGUAAUCAAGUGGCUUGAUAGCAUAGGACUUCGAGAAUUUUCAGUGAAUUUAACAGACAGUGGUGUGCAUGGGUCUGUGAUAGCCCUGGAUGAAAGUUUUGACCAUGCUGCAUUAGCUCUGGCAUGUCAAAUACCAACUCAAAAUACUCAGAUUAGGCAAAUAUUAGAAAGGGAAUUUAAUAACCUUUUGUUGAAAGGUACAGAUAGGAGACCAGAUGAGGAAAGAGGACAUGUAUUUUCUUGAUAUUUAGCCAUUGCUGUUGUGAAGUUGUUGCUACAUAAUCAGCUGCCAUUAGUUCUGCUUGCAUCGCAUGCAUGUAGUACCCAUGAACUGAACCUCUUAGUUUAAAGGUUCUUGAUGUCAUGUUGCUGUGUUAACAUUUACAGGCAGUCAAGCAUCCAACCCAUACGGUGGCAGCACACCACAGCGUGCAAGGUGACAGACUGGUCUGAGAAAACUUAACAUAAAUAUAAUAAAAACCUGGUCAGCAAUUAUGAGAAGCAGCAGGCUGCUAUGUUUCUUAUGCAUGUAUGUAUGUAUAAAAGAUGGUUUGUUUUGGUAUAUCUGAAGAGAAGAGAACUGUGCAAUUUCUACAGUAUUCGUAGAAUGUCUGCAUUCUAGGUGUGUCUGGGAGGAAUGUAAGAAGUUGUUUUUAAUUAUAUGUAUAAAACUAAAGUAAGCCAAAUAAUGCCAAAAGCAAACCAAAGAAAUGGCGAGCAUACCUCCAAAUAAGUCAGUUACCUCUAUAAAUGUUAUUUAAUCUGCUGUUUAUUGAAUGAUGAAAAUCAAAGCUUUGAAACAAUUGAUAUACCCAUAUGUGAGUCUAAAUAUGUAUGUUAAAAACGAAAAGCAUACACAUAUUUCAUAAAACACAGCAACUCCAUAGCUUCAGUCCAUAAAAUUAAAAUAUUUGUUUUUCUAACUAUCAUGUUUUAUGUUAUAUACUGUAAUAAUUAUGUGUACUUGUUUCUUCAUUUUUGAAUCUAAGAAUCUUGAUUUUAACUUAACUUUGUAUAUCUCAUGUUCAGUGUGAUUUUUAAUUUUUAAGAGAAACUUAUUUUUCCAUUUAAAUUACAGUGUUUUACGAAGUUAAUAUAUGUAACCAAGUAUCCAAGGUAUUAAUAAAAUUAUAUCCCAAAUUAUUACAUGAUUUUGUUGAGAACAAAUCUAUCUUCAUAAAUACUUGAAGAAAAUAACUUUAUACAUUUUGAAAUAAACAAAAAGUAAUUCACAGAAAAAUUAAAUAAAGAUGGAAAUAUUCUGAUUGCAUUGUUAUUGGAACUAACUAACAUUGUCAUUGUUGUUACAAUAAACACAGCAGAAGCUGUAUUGCUUUAUGUGCCUGUUGGACUAUGAAGUCAAAUUAAAGAAGGGUUGCUUGGAACAAGUUUUUUUGUGCCAUGAAUAGGAACAGAAUGGAAGCUGCAUCGUUGACCAGACUGUUGUAUAACAGGAUUUCUAAAGCUUCUUGGAAAUUCAAAUUAAAUACAAUUUGCUACAAACAAUAAUUUUUAAUUCUGAAAUAUUAAAAUUGUGGUUUUAACCCAACGAAAGCCUUGACCUAUUGAAACUUCUGAUUGACUUUUGUUUUACGCACCUAAUGUGAUCCUUCACCCUGAAUUUUAAGAUUUAUACUUAAGAUCACACUCACAUGGAAUUUUAUGAAUGAUGUGGGAAGGAUUAAAUUCAAAGUGAAGGAGCAUAUUAGUUAUGUGAAACAAAAAGGAGUCAAAAACUUUCAAUUGCUUCCCAUUGAUGGGGUAAAUAUCUUAUUUUUCAUUUUUUGGAAGCCACAAUCAUUGCUUUAACUAUUAGCUUUUUAAUUUGGAUUUCCUAGAAAUCUUUUAAUGCAAUGAUCUGAUCAGUGACAUAGCUACUACUCAUUCCUAACUGAAGAUCGGGAAACCUGUUCGGGUUACCACCUCUCUUCUUUCAACCUAACAUUUCAACUUGUAGGUGAAGUUUUAUAACUUUCUUUGUGUUUAUUGUAGCAGCAUAUUUUAUCGUAGCUUUGAUAAUUGUAUUUAUUGUAGUAUUGUGUUUAUUGUAGCUUUGAUAAUAUUAGACUGGUACCAAUUAAACUGCAGUCAGAAAUAUUUUCAUUUUUAUUUGUUCUAAUUUUUACAUUGAACUACUUUUGCAUUAACUCAAAAACAUUUUUUUUUUUUUUUAAGAUAUUCCUGUGCAUUUGUGCAUAUUUAUGGAACAUUUUAUCAUUAAUUUUAUAUUUUUCAUUUGCAAAUUUACUACUUGAAGAGAAGAAAAGCAGCUUUGAAGGAAUACGUUUGUAUAUUGUAUUCUAAUCUCUGAUUUUUGUCAUUUUCAUUUUUUAUAUUAUUGUUCUAAGUUUUUCACUCAUAAAUCCUUUAUGGAUAAACCUGAAACGUUUUAUUACGUAACAGAGUUUUUUUAUUUUUAUAGCACUGAUGUCUUUUUGAAAUUUUGUGGUUUAUAAAACUAUAAACUCACCAGUCUAUUUUGAUAAAUGUUUGCUUAUGAAAAGUGUUUAAAACACAUCCUGUGAAUCAUUAUGUAAAGUUGUAUCUUUUCCUAGGUAAAUUUAUUGAAUUUUUGUUGUACAAUAUUCAACUAUUUUUGUCUUUUUGGCAUGAAAUUGCUGUAAAAGAAUUUUUUAGGAAUUUUUAAUAUUUGAUGUACCUAAUAAUAAUUCAGAAUUUUUAACAACAUUAUUACUUAAAUUCAGCAUAUAUUUCUUUCUUAAACAUUAUCUGCUAAAUUAUAUAUUGAUAUUUGUAUGACAUAUAUGUUUUUAAUAGCAUGGCUUAAAUUUUUAUGUAAGAAAAUUCUUUAUACAUGGGAAUGAUAUUUCUACUUAUCUGUGGUUAUGAAAUUAAAAUGCUAGUCCAGAAUAAUCAUCUAUCAUCAGUAUCUCAUUCAUUUAUAUUUAAUGUUCACUUAUAAUGUGAACUAAAUACUCAUCUUGCCAGCCAUGUGAUUUGUUUUUAAAUUGAGCUGUAUAUUUCAUGGUGAAGCAAAUGUAUUUGCCAUAAACCAUGAAACAAAGAUACAUGUGUAGUAUUAAUUUUGUUUGUUAUGCUAUAAAAGCUAAUUUUUCUUUCCCCCCCCCCAUCAUCAUUUUGUUUUUUUUUUAGUUACAAGAAAGCAAUUCUUUUUAUCUAAUUUUAUGUCAGAAUGUGUUUUAUUCUCAUUGAAACUAAUAUAUAUAUUAAAAAUUAAAAAAAUAAUUAAUAAAUUGAAGCUUUGAUGGCUAGUUGUCAAUGAGUGGAAAAUGAAAUUGCUUUUUUUAUAUAAUUUCAUGAAUGAAAACUGUAAAAGGAAGAAGAGUCAUGCUUUUGGUGGCAGAAGCAUUUAAGUAAGGGCAUGAAUUAUUUGUGAUUAGUGUUAUUAUAUAGCAAAGUCAAAAAUUUUGAAUAAUUAAUUCAGUGAUUUAAAAAUUGAGAAUUUGAAAUUUAAAAAAUUCUAGUAAAAUAUCAAUUAAACUUCGCAUUUUAUAUCACAAAAAAAAGGUGGAUAUUUUUUUCCUCAUUUUAUUUAGUUCAUUUUAUUUCAUUCAUAUUUUAUCUUUUCUUUUUUUUUCCCCUAAAAAGGUUUGAAUUUAUUUUAUUCAAAUAAUGGUGUGGUAUUCAAAAUAAGUUUCCUAGUCACUGAAUAUUUGCAUUUUUAUAACAGAUUAUAAUUAAAUUUGAUAUUAUUAUCGUUUUGUGAUAGUGGUUAUCAAAAAUAAGAAUUAAACAUUUGAGGUGAAAAAUUUAAACUUUUUUUAACAAAGAAUGUAUUUUUAAAAUCAUUGACCUUUAGUUCAACUCAUAUCAUCUGUUUAAUAGAUAUUGCAUCACUUUUCAUUAAGUCAUUAUAUUUAUCAAUAAAACUUGUGUUUUCAAUAAUGAAACUCUUCUCCCCUCCCCUGUAUGAGUCAAAUAUUUUAGUUUUUGAUGACAAGUUAAUGUGUGUUGGGGCUUUUUGAAGCCAUGAUUAUGUACUAGAUUAUACUUAAAAUAUUUUUUCUUUUUAAUUGUAUUAUGUACAUAGAAUAUAGUUGUUGAAAUGUUUUUUUUUUUUUUUUUUUUGUAUAACUUAGCAUAGAUAUUGUAUUUAUUUGAUUUAAAAAGCUUGCAUUUAUUGUUAUGUCAUUUUGGGCUAUAUAAUUGCAAUACAAAAUUCAAAAUAUCUAAUGUCCUUCAAACGUGGCUGCUAUAUUUUAUCAGUUAUUGUUAUUUUAUUUUCAUAUUUAUAUAUAAUCUAAUCCAGUCUUCAAAGAGAAUUUUAUAUUUGGCAAUUUCCUGCAAGUUCCAGUUUCAUCUUCUACUGUAUAAGAAUUGCAUCAGUUACUUGAAGAUAAUCAUUAUAAUAAUAUAAUGGUUGCAAACAUUUUCUUUGGCUGUUUUCAAUAUCUUAUUUAUGUCAUUAUACUCAUUCUUUUAUUUUGUGUUUUCCAUAAAGCUGUUACAGUAUCCCUUAAAUUUGAUCCAUGUUAGAAUUUUAUACAGUUUAAUGUCAGUAUAACUAAUGGAAAUCAAAAGUUAAAAUAUUAAAAAUCAUUUCUGAAACAUCUAAAUGGUAAUUACUAGUUGCUAAUGAUAGUUAAUAUAUUGGUUAUGUCAGAAUAGUUUCUUGUAAAUUUAGAAUGCAAAAGGAAGCAUUUCUUGAACAUAAAAGUUUUUGAUGCAGUUUUCACAAAAGCUGUUGUGCCCUAUCAGUAUUAUUUCAUGUAUGUACUGAACAUGUCAGUUUAAUAUUAACCUGGUUAAAAUAAGAAUGGUAGUUAAUUAUUAAUAUGUUAUAAUUUAUUAAUAUUUAUUGUUGCAUUCUUUAAGCCAUUCCUUUUUGUAAUUUUUUGCACAUUUUUAUAUAUACGUCUGUAUGACCAUAAGUAAGGGUUGGUAUUAUUUGAUACUAUCAUUAAACUAAAAAUUAAACGUACAAAAAUUUUUUUUAAAAAAGUAAUAGUUCUCAAUACUAACUUUCUCCUUACUCAAUUCAAGUUUAUAGAGCUUAAAACAUGAAAAUAUUACCAACAUUACUCACUUUAAGUAGUAGCAUUACAUUAAUUACUGAUAUUUGAAGGGCAAAAACCCAUAUUUUGUUCAUUAUAUUUUGUGCAUUUUGUGAAGAUUUUAUAUUAAAAAUCUUUCUAGAACUUUUUCAAGAAAAGUACUUUGGUGAAUUUAUCUAACUUGAUUAGCAGUAUUUUUUUUAAUGAAUUAAGGUUUGAUGAAUUAACAGCACUGAUAUUUUAGUGUUAAGAAAAAGACAUAAAACAUGUAAUUUCCAAGUGGUUACACUUGGAUGUUAGAACAAUGAAAUUUUCAUCUUGAGGAAAGAAAAUUUUUUUUCUGUCACUAUCCUGCAUCCAGUGUGCCUCUGAUACUAAUAAAUGUGACCACCUCAAAGUGUUAGAUAUCAUGUUCUUUCUGGUACAUUUAUGACCUUGGUGGUCAUUUUUAUAUCAAUAUAAGAGUGGCUAAAUUAUGUGCUCUGUUUGUUACACUGACAUUCUACUAUGUAUUAAAUAAGGAAUAAAUUUCACCUUUUUUUUUUAAGUAUUUAUAUGUGAAAAACUGUGUGUAAUCAAAAUCAUUCUGAUACUGUAUUACAGUUUAUUUAUAGAAUAUAGUACAAAUAUGAACAAAAAAUUAUUAUUAUUUCUUCUAUAGUUAAAAUUCAUAAUUUACUACUUAAUUAUUAUUCAGAUUUUUGAAAUUUUAUAAUUUAAUUUUUUAUUAAAAACUAUUUGUGCAUACUCAUACCUCAUCAGCUGAAUGCUUAAUAUAAAUAACCUUUUUUGGUGUAAUUUGGUAUGUUUAGAACUUGAAUGGAUCUGUGUAACUUGUUGAUACUUUAUUCACUGCCAUUAUCAAUGUCUGUCAGAGAAUCGCUGUGCAAAGUUGUAAUCUGGAGAGUCCAUACAUUCCCCCAGGGACAAAACUGUUGCUUCUCUAUCAUUCCCAUAAAACACAUGCACAAAUUACAUUUCAAGCAUAUCAUGCUCUGUUUGUUGCCUUUAACCUUGAAUGAAAUGAAAUUCCAGUUUUAGUGUGAUUUAUGUUUGUUGAAAAAGUUUGCUUGCAGCAUUGUCAGCCAAGAUAUUCGUGUUGGUGAUCUUUUCUGCUUCCUUUGAGGAAAAAAAUGAAAAAUCAUAUAAACACUUAUUAGUCUGAUUUUAUAUUUAAAUUUUCCUAAACUUAAAUAUUGAAAUUUUCCUACUAUUAUUAAUAUCUGUUUUAAAAUUACCUGUACUUUUUGGUGCAGUUUUAUUUUAGUUGGGAUGACUAAGAGUUUCAUUAUCUUUAAAUGACAAGUUGAUUUUUGAAAUAUAAUUGUCAAUAGUGUUGCAGUGACAUUUAGUGAAGAAAUAUGGCCUUUUCAUAUUUAACAAUUAUUGCAUUUAUUAAGAAAAAUUAGUACAUUGAAAAGGCAUUAUAUCAGUUCACUAUUGAGAAGUAUUUUUCCUCUAUCCUGUGUAAAGAAUGUUUGGCAGUUAUGUUUGAUUUCUUCUUAAUAUUAUGCGUAACAAAUUUAAAUUUUGCUGUACAUUCACAUUACUAAAUCUGAGCUGGAUGUCAUGUAAGUGACAUUGAAUAAUGUUGAAAACCUCUGAAUUAUCAUUCUGUUGUUAAAAAUUUAGAACCAUAUUUAUUUUUAUAUGUGAAACAAAUAGCAGCAGCCUUCAUCAAUUACUGUUUGCUUCUGAGCAUAUUGCUGUAAUCAUCUAAAAAAUUUUCGAUACAUAGAAAUAGUGCCUCAUAUUUACUCAUUUUUGUUAUAAAAAAUUCAGUAUGCUGAUAAGUUUAAAUAAUUAAUUGUUGAAAUACUCAUAUAUUUAAGUUAAAAACAUUUCAAUUUGCUAACCCUUCACUUGGCUGGCAUCUCCUGCAAGGGCUUUCGUUUACUAGAAGUGCAUGAGAGCAUUGACCACCAUUGUGAAAAAGCUGCCAAGAAGGAACUGUCAUCCCACACUGAUGUGUUGUACGUAUGUGUGUGAUAGGUUUGCCUUCUUUCCUAAAUAUGACCAAGUGCUUCAUCUUCACAGUCAUCUUUGUUGUACAAAUGAGACGUGAAUCUGUCUUCUUACAAUGGCAGUGUAUUAUAGAGAGCAAUAGAAGAAGAAAUACAGAAAUUCAUUAUAA